UGAACAGGGAGGGGGUGAGMCAAUGGAUUGCUUGCUGAUCACAAUUGCGCAUGUGCUAACAGUCAGCACGAUCAAGAGUAGCAGCCUUAAUGCUGAGCAACAUUUAAUGGAAAAAUGUGAAUAACACGUGAACAUCGCAGUUCAAAUAUAACCCGUUUUUUCGUAUCGUUGUGGGAUUUUCCUUUUUUUCUCCCAAGUAAUAAGAAAUUGCUUUCAUUGAUAACUACCGCACUGCGCAGUGACGGUUGGGGGAAGUUCACAAUUGGAGUAGCUACCCCAGACGCCGGCGGAGUGUCUUUUACAUCAAGCGCUGUAAAAAGCUACUUCAGAGCAGACCAUCCACAUUUGCGUGUUUUCACAUCUUUAGGGACAGACAUCAUACAUUCCUUAUAGUGGGGAAGUCAUUGAAAAACAUAAAUAUUUUUCUUCUUGUUUCAAAAAUGGCCGCAGCAAUGGUGGAAAUGGACGGAAGUAUAAUGGAGGGUGGCGGGCAAAUUUUGAGAGUAUCUGCCGCACUGAGUUGCAUCAACGGCGCUUCCAUCAGAAUAAACAAAAUUCGCGCAGGUAGAGGUACACCAGGAUUAAGACCACAGCAUCUGUCAGGGUUGGAGUUGGUGAGGGACAUUUGUUGUGGAAAUCUUGAGGGAGGCUCAGUGGGAUCMACAGAAGUCACACUCACCCCUGGGAAAAUAAAAGCUGGGAAUCACACCGCAGACCCACAAACGGCAGGGAGUGUGGGGCUGCUGCUGCAGGUCUCUCUACCCUGUGCCCUGUACGCUGAUGGCCCCUCUGAGCUCUGUCUGAAGGGGGGCACCAACGCGGACAUGGCCCCGCAGAUUGACUACACCAUCAAGGUAUUCAAGCCCAUUGUGGAGAAGUUUGGUGUACAUUUCAACUGUGACUUGAGAAUGAGGGGCUACUACCCCAAAGGCGGAGGUGAGGUGGUGGCUAAGGUUAGCCCAGUGAGCGAGCUGAGCCCUGUCAACAUGACCGAACGAGGAACCAUCUCCAAGAUCUAUGGAAGGUCCUUUGUUGCUGGGGUUUUACCCUAUAAGCUUGCCAAGGACAUGGCAACGACGGCAACAAGAGUUAUCAGGCGAGAGAUAAAGGACCUUUACAUCAACAUCCAYACACUGCAGGAGAAGGACAUGGCCUGUGGAAGCGGCAACGGCAUCAUAAUCAUCGCAGAGUCUUCCACAGGCUGUAUUUUUGCAGGGUCAGCMCUUGGCAAGAAAGGUGUGUACCCAGACAAAGUGGGCUUCGAGGCUGCAGAGAUGCUGCUCAGGAAUAUAAGGCACAACGGCUGUGUGGACGAGUUUCUGCAGGACCAGCUCAUCCUUUUCAUGGCAUUGGCGAACGGCAUCUCCAGAAUCCGCACUGGCCCAGUCACCCUACACACAAAGACUGCGAUCCAUGUGGCAGAACAGCUCACGCAGGCCAAGUUUACAGUGACCAAGGCAGAUGACGAGAAUGCCAGCAAUGACACCUACAUCAUCGAGUGCCAAGGAGUGGGUGUCACCAACCCUCAUUUCUAGCCACGCCCAUGUGUCUAACCGCCCCUUUUAUGUUGUCUCCACCUGCAGCCGUGGAUAGAAGAGGCACUGGAGACACUACUGUGAUGUCACCUAACGGUCGGAUGCUGCUUCUAUUUAUAUUAGGAUUUAUUAUGGCCCUCGUGGCACGAUAUUCAAGCAAAUGAAUUAUUGGUUUACAAACGCACAGCCACAUGAUAGUUGGUCAUCGUUGUCCGUUCCCCCUAUUGCAUUAACUGUCAUUACCCUCGUAGCUUGUAUAACUCAGGGUAUUAAUGCCUUACACUGUUAUAAUAAAAACAUUAGAUUUCUGUGUAGAAGGGGUGUACGUUUCAGCAGUCUGUUGAAGCGCCUCAGUGCAUACAGGCUUUUAUGGCAAAAAAAACAUUGUU